AUGCCGGUGCUCAGCGCGGUGCCGUUCCUGAAGCCCACCCACCCUCAGGGCCCACGCCGUUCUCCCGGCCGCCAGCGCCGGCACACGCUGCCUGCCAGCGAGUUCCGCUGCCUCAGCCCCGAGGACGCCGUCAGCGUGUUUGAGAUCGAGAGGGAAGCCUUCAUCUCCGUCUCCGGUGACUGCCCGCUGCACCUGGAUGAGAUCCGCCAUUUCCUGACGCUGUGCCCGGAGCUUUCCCUCGGCUGGUUCGAGGAAGGGCGCCUGGUGGCCUUCAUCAUCGGCUCCCUGUGGGACCAGGACCGGCUCAGCCAGGCGGCGCUGACCCUGCACGAGCCGCGGGGCACGGCGGUGCACAUCCACGUGCUGGCCGUGCACCGAACCUUCCGCCAGCAGGGCAAGGGUUCCAUCCUGAUGUGGCGAUACCUGCAGUACCUGCGCUGCCUGCCCUGCGCCCGGCGCGCAGUGCUCAUGUGCGAACAUUUCCUCGUGCCCUUCUAUGAGAAGUGCGGUUUCAAAGCUCUGGGUCCCUGCCAGGUGACGGUGGGCACGUUGGCCUUCACUGAGAUGCAGCACGAGGUGCGGGGCCAUGCCUUCAUGCGCAGGAACAGCGGCUGCUGA